GAAGUGUCUUGGCACUUCCAGCUAGCUAGCUAAUAAUAUGCUAGUUUGAACUUCACUUAACUGUUUUUGGUUCAACAGAGGCAUGAGACCGCACAGCUGACACUGACAGUGUGUACAACAUAAUAAUGUUAAAGUAGUUGGUAUCGUCAACAUAUUUUCUGUAAAAUAUGGGCUCCUUCCUAAUAUCAAAACCAAGAAAAUGUCAAUUACAUUAGCCCACACUUUCAUCCCAGCAAUGCUGGCUUUACUCCCCUAAAUAAUGUGAUUAGUAAGCUAUCAGGUAGUACCAGACUAUUAUGCACUAAAGGAGUGAGUAGACAUGAAGGUACCAACAGGAAAGAGGACAGACAGAGGGACCUAAAUAUCAGAGAGAGGCCUCCUUUUCCCAAGUCAGUGUUUGCUGCUGGAACAGCUAAGAUAACUGCUGAAUACCAAAAGAAGAGGGCUGAGGCAGCCCUGCAGGAGGAGGAACCAGACUUCCCCAGAAAGAACAAGAGAGUGGAAUCCCCAGACCACCCUCUCACUGCCUCAGAAUGGGAGAGCCUCAAAUUGACUUCACCGAAUGCUUUGACGUCCGGAUGAUGGCAUCAAUGCUGGCCGAUGGGACAAGUCCCUGCUGGACUACGUUUCCAUGGAUACCAGGACACUGUCUUAUGAGCUGCUUCUACAAUACCUCACCCUGUGUGUCGGCGGCGGCCACCACUUGUAUGACAUCAUGAGGAGCCGGUUCAUGACGUUAGACACCGGGGCCUCCAGCCUGUUCAUAAAGGGCUUCAGUAGAACAGAAGGAGGCACUGACCAUCCUAGAGAACAUCAAGAGGGCCAUCAUGCCACUGCUUGGGCCCUGUAUGCCGAGCUGAUGGAGAAGGGCCUCAUUCCCAACCAGGAGACAUGGCAGGCCCUGUUCCAGUGUGGCCUCUCCUCUCUCGUCAGGGCCACGGGGACAGGCUGCAGUCCAUCCUGCUCCAUAUAAGGGACAACCAGAUCUAUCCCAUGGAGACUCUGGCUAAAGAUAUCAAAGCUUGGUUUGAGAGACCAGAAGUGGAGUGGAAGCUGGUCCACCGUAGACCCCAGGGGAUUGUGUCUGAGCUGCCAGGCAGAGCUGGAAUUCAUCCCGCUGAGUCAGGAGGAGUACGCCCAGCUCAAGGACAAGGUGAUGGGGGAUUUGAUCCCAGGCAGAGACGUCUUAAAUGAGACCACUCCAGAGGAGCUGGAGAGCUUCAAGAACUUUGUCAAGUGGAAGCCGGCCUUUGUCGUGGUCAUAGAUGGACUCAACGUUGCCAACAUGUGCAUCAAAGGGAACCAGUCGCAGAUGAGGAUAUCAAGUUAUGACACCAUUGUCCAGACAAAUGGAAGCUCCUGGCACAUCCACUAUGAUGAGACUGGGGCAGAGGAAAGGACCCUGCUUCUGUUUGAUCUUCACAAACCGUAAAAUACAGUGUUCCUUAAUGAAACUCUAUAACGUGAAAAAAUUAUUUAAAAAAGACUCAAUCACUUUUAGUCCUAGAUUAUUAAAAAAAAUUAAACAUGUAUUCAGUAAAAGUGUGUAAACCACGCCCCUUCGAUUGACCCAGACAUUAAUCUACUGUUUCCGAGAACUACUUCCGGUGGUCAUUGUCGUGCUUUUUUUUUUUCCCUGAGCAGUUCUAGUUUCAGUUUCAACUUUUAUACAAAUUUACUUGUUUACCAACACAAUGUCCAGAGGGUCGAGUGCAGGAUUUGACCGACAUAUUACCAUCUUCUCUCCGGAGGGCAGACUCUACCAAGUCGAAUAUGCAUUCAAGGCUAUCAAUCAAGGUGGCCUUACCUCAUUAGCUAUCCGAGGACAAGACUGUGCAGUUGUAGUCACACAGAAGAAAGUUCCAGACAAGCUUCUUGAUGCCUCCACAGUCACACACCUAUUCAGAAUCACAGAAAACAUUGGCUGUGUCAUGUCUGGAAUGACGGCUGACAGCAAGUCUCAAGUCCAGAGAGCUCGCUACGAAGCAGCCAACUGGAAGUACAAGUACGGUUAUGAGAUCCCAGUGGACAUGCUGUGUAAGAGGAUGGCUGACAUCUCUCAGGUGUACACACAGAACGCUGAGAUGAGACCUCUGGGUUGCUGCAUGAUAGUGAUUGGUGUGGACGAGGAGUGUGGUCCCCAGGUGUAUAAGUGUGACCCUGCAGGAUACUACUGUGGCUUCAAGGCCACUGCUGCUGGGGUCAAACAGACAGAGGCCACCACCUUCCUGGAGAAAAAGGUCAAGAAGAAACUGGACUGGACCUUCGCGCAAACAAUUGAGACUGCGAUAACUUGUUUGUCUACGGUACUGUCCAUUGACUUCAAGCCCUCCGAGCUAGAGAUUGGUGUCAUUACAACUGAAGACCCUAAAUUCAGGAUCCUGACAGAGACCGAGAUCGAUGUCCACCUUGUGUCCCUGUCAGAGCGAGAUUGAGUUUUUCCUUAUGUUCCAGUCUAGAGGGGAGACUACCCUAGAAAGAUAACAGAGAGCACUACCACUGAUCUUCAGAACGGAAGUCCCGACUUCUUUUUUGCUGUACAUUUACGCUGUUCAAUUAAAGAGAAUGUUUUUGAGAAACUCAAA